AUGCCGACACUUCUGACCGGCGCAUCGGCGACUCCAGGAUCUACUUCCGGCCACCAGCAAACGCCAAAACUGACCCACAAUUCUGAAUCUUCUCAUAAAGAGGACAAUAACCCAGCAGCAGAGCUGUCAGCACCAGAUUCUCCUUCACCAGCGACACCGACCAACCAAACUGUUACCGGAGCUGUCCCAGUGCCAUCGACCCCCAUGUCAACGACAGGUAGCGAGCAUCAUAGUACCACAAUGAAGCCUCCAGCUAUCAAAGUGUCCACAGCUUCACCGAAAACGUACACGAGCCCCAUGCAGUCUCAGAUAAUGGAGGAUCUUCAUGCUGCUGUUGCAUGUGCCGAGAAGGAAUUCAAAAGUCUCAACAAACGGUAUAAAGAUCUGGUCACUCAGAUGGAGACAAUCAAUCGUCGCGGGGUCGCUGGAUCCGAAGAUGGCAAAGCCAAUAGUUCGUCGUCAGCGCAAUUAUCACAAGCUCUGGGGCCACUGCUAGACGAGCUGGAAGCAAAAGCGAAGCAACUGAACUUGCUCAAACAGGUUUACCAGCAAGCCGCUAACAGUACCAUUAACCCACAAAGACAUGUAGUCGUCAGUCCAGCGGCUAUUCGUCGCAAAACGGCGUCCUUGCGAGUGCUCAACGAGUAUCGACAGCUUGAGAGCGACUGCAAGAACAAAGGAAGUGGUUGGUCAGCCUCUUAG